AUGGCAGACAAGGAACUCGAUCUUGGCCGUGAGCCUCAGACUCCGACCCAAAAUGCCGGGCCCUCGUCACCUACCACGACAGAAGUGGCGUCUGACAGCAGCGUCCACGAAUUCAAUGAGCAGACCAACUAUGUGCCCAGGAGGACCAUUAUCACGAUCUUCCUGGCAUGUGCCGGCGCCGACCUCCUUGCCCUCAUGGACCAGACCACUCUCGCAGCGAGCUUGUACAUUGUCGGAGAGUCUCUUGGUGCCAUGUCCCAGGUAUCGUGGAUAGCAAGCGGCUACUUCAUAACUUCCACCGUUGGCCAGCUCGUCUAUGGUCGUCUAUCCGAUAUCUGGUCCCGCAAAGUCGUUCUUCUAACCGGCCUGGCCAUAUUCUUCUUUGGCUCCCUGGCCUCGUCUCUAUCCCAGUCUGUCCUGCAGCUCACCAUAUUCCGUGCCUUUACUGGCAUUGGAGGCGGCGGCCUCAUGACGGUCGCGCAGUUGAUUGUCAGCGACGUCGUACCCCUGCGUGAGAGGGGAAAAUAUCAGGGAAUUCUUGUAAAGCUCACCCUCUUCCCUAAAACUCUCCCCCCCCCGAUACGUAUAUACAUAGGAUUGCAGGGCGCUGUUGUGGCCAUCGCCAACGGAAUCGGUCCUGUCAUUGGUGGUGCUCUCUCGUCCAGCUCGGAACAAGGUUGGCGUUGGAUCUUUCGGCUUAACAUGCCCUUGACCAUUCUCACCACGGCUGGCGUCAUCUUCUUCAUGCCUCUUAAAAAGGUCAACGGCGACUGGAAAAUGAAACUCAAGGCCGUCGACUUCUUUGGCAUCUUCCUCGCCCUCGGCGGCACCAUAGUCCUGAUCCUCGGUCUGACCUGGGGAGGCGGUCAGUACUCGUGGGACUCGGCACAUGUCAUUGCCAGCCUGGUCGUAGGCUUCGCCUUAUGUGUCGGCUUUGUGUUUUGGCAGUGGAAGGGGCCUCGUUACCCUCUUGUUCCACUUCACGUCUUCAAGUCCAAGAUUGUCAACGGAGCCUGCAUCACAAUGGCCAUCAACGGCUGGAACUUUGUCGUGCAGGUCUACUACGUCCCCUCCUUCUACCAGCUCGUCUACGGCUACUCUGCCACAAAGGCUGGUGCGAUGCUUCUGCCCAUCACCCUGAUCCAGACAGCCAGCAGCACCCUCUCAGGCCUCAUUGUCCACUGGGUUGGCCGGUACCGCGAGUGCAUCCUCUUCGGCUGGGCCUGCUGGGCCGUUGGACUAGGGCUCAUGUCCACGCUGGAUGAUACCACGGGCGUGGCCAAGCAGAUUGGCUACUCUAUCCUUAUAGGUGUGGGGGUGGGCAACACGUUGCAGCCAUCUUUGAUCGCCGUCCAAGCAGGAGCCUCCAGGCGAGACAUGGCCGUCGUCACGUCGUUCAGAAACUUUGUACGCAAUCUCGGAUCGACACUCGGUCUAGCCAUAUCUGGAAGUAUCAUCAACAAUGUUGUUUCCGACGCACUGUCAUCCGACGGUAUCAGUGGCACCGAGUUGGACGUGCUCUUGGGUAGUCCCCAGCGGUACCUCGCCACGCUCCCCUCGGCACGAGCCCAGCAGAUCCGCGACGACCUCACCCCCGCAUACAAGGAAUCCUUCCGUAUAAUCUUCCUCGUAGGGGCUGGAUUGUGCUCUGCGGCCUUUGUCUUUUCCUUUUUCAUGAUGCCACAGGUUGAGCUGUCCAGGCCAGAUGACGAGAAGCUCAAGGAGGAGGGUCGCAAGGCUCAGUUGGAGAAGAAGAGGGAGAAGAGCGAGGUUUGA